CUCAACCGUUGUGUAACCGUUGUGUCUCCUGAACGCACCCAUUGUCGAAUGAGAUAUGCAUACCAAAAUCCUAUAGUUCAUGCACAGAGAGAAGAUUUUCUAUUGUUAAAUUAGUGUACACUUUCGGAACUUAAAAAGAGACAGAUAUAUAGAUAAAACUUAGUGAAAGAAAGAAAGAUGAGAGAGAACUAGUGCGGACAGUUCAGCAUAGAAAACAGACCCUAUAGAAGCUAACUAUAGAAGCUUUUCAACAUCUUUGCUGAGGUGAUUUCUUUAACAAUCGGCGAGUUUAUAAAAGGAGAAAUAAAAGUUGCCGAAAUGACAAGUGUUGAAGAUGAUCCAUAUGAUAUAGAAAAAUGUACACAGUGGAUUCAGACGAAUGCAUUAAAUCAGGUAUGUCUGCAGUUUCCAGAUAAGUUGUUACCAGAUUCUGCAAAAGUUGCACUGCAUUUAGAAAAAAAUAUAGGACAAAAAGUAUAUAUCUUAGGUGACACAACCUGUGGUAGCUGUUGUGUUGAUGAAAUAGCAGCUGAACAUGUUAAUGCAGAUGGUAUAAUACAUUUUGGACAUGCUUGCCUUAAUCCUACCAUUCGUUUGCCAGUUUUACAUAUCCUGCCAAAACAAGAGUUUGAUGUAAAGAACCUUAUUAAUGAAUUCAAGCGAGUUUUCCAAGAUGAUACAAGGAAAAUUAUAUUUUUUUAUGACGUGGAAUAUGCACAUAAAAUUGAAUAUGUAUAUAAUAUAUUGAGAUCUAUGUAUAAACAUUUAAUUUUAUCUAAAUUGAAUUGUAAAUCGAAUGUGGAAUAUACUGAUACAAAGACAACCCUAGAUAAAGUCAUUUUGGGUAGAAAUUACACAUUAGAAGAAGAGUAUAAUAUACAAGAUUAUGAAGGAUUUUUUUUGGGAGAGGAAGGAAAAACUCUUAGAAUAUUAGCGAUGAGCAUACCUAUGAAAAGAUGGUAUUGCUUUAUAAAUAAUAAAAUUAAUGAAUUUGAUGCACUAAAUGCACCUUGGUUAAAACAAAGGAGGUUUUUAGUGGAAAAAUUGAAGGAUGCCAAAACUGUAGGCAUUGUGGUUGCCACAUUAGGUAUUAAAGAAUAUCUGACAGCUAUAACAACAGUCAAAGAAAUUCUGAAGAAGAAGAAUAAGAAAACUUAUACCCUUUGCAUAGGCAAGAUAACUCCUGCCAAACUUGCAAAUUUUCCUGAGAUUAACGCUUUUGUUGUGGUAGCUUGCCCGGAAAAUGAAGUAUUCGACUCGAGAGAUUUCUUUCAACCCAUACUUACGCCAUAUGAAGUUGAAUUGGCAUUUAACACUGCCAGGGAGUUUUGCCCGCAAUAUUUCAUGGACUUUCGGCAAAUAUUACCCGGUGGCAUUCAUUACGUUGAUUUUAAACCAUCGACGGACUCGGAUAUUUCUCUCAUCAGUGGUGAUGUUAGAAACUGCAAGGAUGAUGCUUUGUGUGUGGGCCAAAUGAACGCUCUAACAAUUCGUUCAUCAGGUACUGUUGCUAUUGGUAUGGCUGGGGCUCAGUACUUGCAAGAAAGAUCUUGGAGAGGUGUUGAACAAAGAUUAGGUGAGGAUCCUGUACUACCAGCAGAAAUUGGUCGUAUCGGAUUAGCAUGCCAAUAUACGAAUGAACCUCUAAAUACAGAUAAGUGUGAUGCAGAAACGUAAUAAAUGCUAUAUAAUUCUACAUACACUUAUUAUGUGAUAUAUCAUUGUAAUACUUACGAUAAAAUAUAAAGAUAAAUAUAUUAAUAUUCAAGCUGUCAAAAUAUGCAAUGACAGUUGCUUAAAUAUCGAAUAAGGCACAGUGAGAGCCAAACGAAAUCAUGAAAAGAGGGAUGACAAUAAAAAUCAAUAAUUCCCAUUUUA